AUGCAGAACAGACAGCGUCUAGGGCCACUGGAAACGGUCAUCAUGGAAGAUUAUAACAACGCAGAAGUGGAUCCAGUGUCCAGCACAACAACUAUCUAUGCACCAGACCAUAAGACCUCAACAUCUGGACCUGCUGCCAUAUCCAUGUUCAAGGACCCAGAUGAUGCAUUGUUUCUCACCGAAAGUGGUAGACAGUUCGAAAAAGGUACCAUAGGGAGGAGGAUUCCUGAGUUUUGGGCCACGGCAAAAGUCAGAUCAGACAUCCGAAUAACUGCCACCAGGAUGCAGAAGAUGGCUGCAACUACAACGGUGUAUGACACAGACCAGGAUAAGCCCCUCAUCCAUCAGCACAUGACGCAUACGGAGAGGACUGCAGAGCACCCUUACAUAAGACCUGAUGCCGCUACCAUUGCUGCUGCAGGCCACGCCGUGCUUAAGUCGAACAUCGGCUACUGCAAGUCAGAUGACAGCAACGUGGAAGGAACCAAUAAAACCCUAAGUGAGGAAGAUCAUGCACUUUUGGAGGAACUCUUUAAUCUGGAAAUAAGUAGUAACAAGCCAUUGGUCACCAAAGAAGUUGCCAACAGCCGCCUACUUCAAAACAUUUGGAAACCCCUGAGCGUCUAUCUUAAACAAGAAAAUGAUAAAAGGAAAAAUUGUUUACUUUCAAUGAAUUUUCAACCCAGCUGGAGGAUAGUCAAACACUAUAAUUAUGGCUAACUGCUGCCAGUUUGCUUGACAUCUCACAUGGUAAGUGUGUUGCAGCAUAUCAUACGGGGUUGGGUUUUGCAUCCUGUUCAAGCCUGAAUUUUACAGGCUAGAAUCAAAACCGCCCCAAGUCUGCAUAACUGAAGGGGUCUCCCAUCCAAUUAGUUUUCUUGCUUUUAUUAAAUCAUUGGUUAUGCCAGUCUGAGAAACAGUUGUUCCAGUUUCUCAAGCAAUAACACAAUAUUGUUAUUAUAGCACAAAAGAGAAUGUUUAUUUCUAUUAUAUGAAUAUCUUUCACAUACAUGGUGCAAAGUAUUUUUAUGCGAGUUUCAUCGGGAACAGGCUUGGGAGAGAUGGACAGCCAAGUCAGUGAAUGGGGCAUCAAUACAAAAAGAAGAAGUACUUGCAAAACUUCGCUUAGUGGCAAGUUCAGAAACUGAAGAGAUCUACAAACAAAGAGUAAAUACUUUAAAAGAAUCAAAUCUGUGGAAGGGAAACAGCCAUCUAAGUAACUGGUUUGAAACCAAGUGGUUAAAAGAACACAAGGUUAGUGCAAGUAGAAGGCAGAAAAUGUUUAUUUCAGCUUUUCUGAAAAAAAAUAAAUCAGCAAAUAUAUAAUAGCUUGAAGUAGCCUAUCGAUAAUCGAUAACAGUAAAGCUGAAUUAACUUCAAAAUCAUCAUCUGCAUAAAAAUUCAUUUUACACUUCACAAAAUUCACGAAACUGAAGAGGAAAAGUGACAAGAGGAGAGGGACAGCUACCUUCCCCUUGCCCAUUAAUAUUUCACUCUCCCCUGUAUCCCCUUUUAUAGCUGUCAUAGAUAACUUGUCCCUAGAUGCAUCUUUUAUUUCUAGCACUGGUUAAGAGCAUUCCACCAUGAAAUCUCGGUUCACACUACAAAUGGUGUAGAGAGACAAAAUGAACUGAAGUACAACUUCCUAGCAAAGCAUUGA